AUGGCGAUGGCUUUCUGCGCAAAAAUUAGAAACGCCAGAAAGUACGAAGUGGAUGUGGCGCCUCCUAAAGGAAUGGAGGUUCAUUUCUACGUAGCGGAUAAGGCCCCGCUCUUGUACACGGAAGGGACGUAUACUUCGGAGGAUGUGCUUAUCGAAGCGGCUCAGAAAUGCAACAUUUCUCCUCUGUGCCACAAUUUAUUUGCACUGUACAAUGAGAAAGAGAACCUUUGGCUGCCACCAAAUUAUCACUUCAAGAUUACGCCCGGUUUUUCUAUGAAGCUUUAUUACCGUGUCCGAUUCCUCUUCACAAAUUGGCAUGGGACAAAUGAAAAUGAAUCAUCGGUCUAUAGGUAUUACCCUAAGAAGCAGAGGGACAAUUACGAUGGCAAGGUUCAAGAUGGAACCCCAAUUCUCGAUGCCAGCUCACUGGAUUAUAUAUUUGCACAGGGACAGUAUGAACUGGUGAAGUGCUUGGCUCCAGUCCGGGACCCCAAAAAUGACCAAGAGGUGCAUGAAAUAGAAAACGAAUGUUUAGGGAUGGCAGUGCUGGCGAUCUCUCACUACGCCAUCAAGAGGAACAUGCAGCUUCCAGAGCUCCCCAAGGACAUAAGCUACAAGAGGUAUAUCCCUGAAACUUUAAACCGAACCAUCAAACAAAGAAAUAUCCUUACUCGGAUUCGGAUAAAUAACGUCUUCAAGAAUUUCUUGAAAGAAUUCAACAAUAAAACAAUCUGUGACAGCAGUGUGUCCCCGCAUGACCUGAAAGUGAAGUACAUGUCCACACUGGAGACACUGACCAAAAAUUAUGGGGCCGAGAUAUUCGAGGCACAGCACUUAAAGAUUUCCUCGGAGAAUGAACAGAACGGGUUUCAAACCAGUGGCGUGUUUGAAGUUAUGGUGACCGGAAAUGAUGGCAUCCAGUGGAGGGUGAAACCAGCUCCGUGUGACCGUAGAGAAAGAAAAGAAAACAAAAAGGAAAAGGAAUGAAAACAAAAAUAAAAAGAGGGAUGCGAAAGCCAACGCCAAAGAUCUGUGGAGCUCUUUUUCUUACUUUCCGGAGAUCACCCACAUUGUAGCGAAAGAUGACACUGUCUAUAUACACAACCAGGACAAUAAGUGCAUGGAGCUGAAACUCUCCUCUCCAGAUGUUGCACUCUCAUUCACCGCUCUCAUCGAUGGCUACUUCAGGCUGACUGCAGAUGCCCAUCACUAUCUGUGCACUGAUGUCGCCCCACCAUUAAUAGUCCAGAACAUAAUGAACGGCUGUCAUGGACCUGUUUGCACGGAGUACGCUGUGAACAAGCUGCGACACGAAGGCAAUGAGGAAGGGAUGUAUGUCCUCAGGUGGAGCUGCACUGACUUCAAUCACAUCCUAAUGACUGUGGCCUGUUCCAAAAUAUCUAAGUAUGAAUCCAAGACUCUGAAGCAGUACAAGAACUUUCAGAUCGAAGUGAAGGACAAGUCGUACUGUUUGCUGGGAUCAGACCGUACUUUUGAGACCCUUAAACAACUCAUGGAGCACUUAAAGGGCCAGGUGCUGAGAACGGAUGAUGUCAGCUUCACUUUAAAGAGGUGCUGUCUUCCCAAGCCUAGAGAAAUUUCAAAUCUCCUAAUUGCGACAAAAGAUGGCCUUGGACUGGCAACCCGUCUACCAUAUCAGCCAGUUGAGUUUCCAUAGAAUACUGAAGGAUGAGAUUGUACAACUGGACCACAUGGGCCGGGGGACCAGAACCCAGAUCUACGAGGGAAGACUAGUCUACAAGGACGACAAUGACAGUGAAAUGAGUACUUCAGAGAAGGAGAUUAAAGUCAUCCUGAAAGUGUUGGACCCCAGCCACAGGGAUAUUUCACUGGCAUUUUUUGAGACGGCCAGUAUGAUGAGGCAAGUGUCACACAAGCAUAUUGUACUGCUCCAUGGCGUAUGUGUGCGAGAUGUAGAAAACAUCAUGGUGGAAGAAUACGUGGACUUUGGUCCUCUGGAUUUGUUUAUGCAUCGCAGGAGCGACUGUCUCACAACGCCGUGGAAGUUUCAGGUGGCCAAACAGUUGGCGAGUGCCCUAAGCUACUUGGAAGAUAAGGACUUGGUACACGGGAAUGUCCGCACUAAGAAUAUCCUACUUGCGAGAGAAGGGAUAGACCAUGACUGUGGCCCCUUCAUCAAGCUGAGUGACCCUGGGAUUCCUAUAACUGUGCUGUCCCGACAAGAGCGUGUGGAGAGAAUUCCGUGGAUUGCUCCGGAGUGUGUGGAAGAUUCCCGAAUCUUGACUGUAGCUGCUGACAAAUGGAGCUUUGGAACCACAUUGUGGGAGAUCUGCUUUAAUGGAGAGGUUCCUUUGAAGGACAAGACCCUGGCGGAGAAAGAGAGGUUUUACGAAGGAUGCUUCAUGCUGACAAAGCCAUCUUGCGAAGAGCUGGCCAACCUGAUCAUCAACUGUAUGAACUACGACUCCAACAGACGGCCGUUCUUCCGAGCCAUAAUGCGGGAGAUCAAUAAGCUGGAGGAGCAGAAUCCAGACAUCGUUACAGAAACCUCUGUUUCUACAGAAGUUGAUCCAAGUUUGUUCGAGAAGAGGUUCCUGAAGAGAGUUCGGGAUUUGGGGGAGGGUCACUUUGGUAAAGUGGAGCUGUGCAGGUAUGACCCAGAAGGUGACAACACCGGGGAGUUGGUGGCGGUCAAGUCGCUGAAGCCUGGAACAGGAGGGACUCACAUAGCUGACCUGAAUAAAGAAAUCCAAAUUCUGCGCAAUCUCUACCAUGAAAAUAUUGUGAAGUACAAGGGGAUCUGUGCUGAGGAUGGAGGCAGCGGCAUUAAACUAAUUAUGGAGUAUCUGCCAUCGGGGAGUCUCAAGGAAUAUUUACCGAGGAAUGUGAACAAGAUCAAUCUCAAGCAGCAGUUGCAGUACGCCAUUCAGAUUGCACAGGGGAUGGAUUACCUGGGAUCACGUCAGUACGUCCAUCGGGAUCUCGCUGCCAGAAAUGUUCUAGUAGAAAAUGAGCAUCGGGUGAAAAUAGGCGACUUUGGUUUAACCAAAGCCAUUGAGACGGACAAGGAGUAUUACACGGUGAAAGACGACCUGGACAGUCCCGUGUUCUGGUACGCUCCAGAGUGUUUGCUGCACUGUAAGUUCUACAUCGCCUCAGACGUCUGGUCGUUUGGAGUGACGUUAUACGAAGUCCUGACCUACUGCAAUUCUGAGCACAGCCCAAUGACGAUGUUCCUCAAAAUGAUCGGACCCACCCAAGGGCAGAUGACUGUGACCCGACUUGUGCGUGUGUUGGAAGAAGGAAAAGCGUCUGCCUAACCCUGCCAAUUGCCCCAAUGAGGUCUAUCAGCUGUUGCUAAGGUGUUGGGACCAGAAUCCUUCAAGCAGAGCAACCUUCCAGGACCUGAUCCGUGGCUUUACAGAUCUCGUCGGUAAAAUAUAA